AAAACGCCUUUAUUUCUAAAAACAUAGCAAAAACAGGUAAGAACAUUCAUACACAGAAACCAUUUUAGGAAAAUGAAUGAAAAAUUUACUAAGAUACAGACCAAAAUGAAACAGGAAGGAAAGUGACAACCCGCAUUUCACAAAAUCAGUGGCAUAGAAGAGGACAUUUUAAAACUGUUUACCGCCAGAGAAGAGAAAGAAUGAAAUUCUUUGCCACAUCUUCCUCUGUCGUAUUCUAAUUCCCUUUAUUCUUAUUCUCACUUUUCUUUAAAGGUAGGAGAUACUACUUUAAUUUUGAAGAGGAUAUCAUCAUCAGUUUUAAAAUAAAAAUAUUUUAGUGCUUAUUUCUUAGAAUUAUUCCUUCCAAUGGCGACCAUCCCAACAGCAGUAAGAUUACUGAAAUACUAGACUUUACAGUUCAAGUCCUAGUCAAUACAGGUGACUCCACAUAACUUUUAUUUUGUAAUUUUUUUCCCCUGGCGCACUGCUAGAACUGAAGAUACGGAGACAUUUGUGGCCUGCAAAGCAAUACAAUCUGUUCAGAUGUAUCUCUCUUCUGUCAGCAUAAACAGAAACUUUAUGAUAGAAGAAAAGGGAUGGGUGCACUUAUAGGUAAAUGGAAUGGGUAUAGCGAAUUUAUGACCAUCACUGUUCUUCUGUUUUAUACGUUAAACAUAUCUCGGUCUGUUUUAUCCAUUAAACAGACCGAGAGUGUGACAUACUCUCAGUCAUUAUGUCAGAAAGCUAAAGAAUAGAAAGUUUCCUGUCUGGCUGUUAACUGUAUGAGGUUGAGGGUAUGAACAAAGCUAAAACCAAUUAUUCUUCUGGAGAGGGUUGUGUAUUGACAUUAGAGGCAGAGUGUAGCCCUGGGCUAGUUCUAAAUUAACCCUGAAUUGUGUAGAACAGGGGCUGGAACCUUGCGGGUGCAGAAGCUUGCUGGUCUUCAAUGGUUAGUUCAGGGUUGGUUUUUUUUUUUGUUAAAUUACUGUUGAACUUCCCAGGGGAAAUACAUCUUUUCUUCUUCACUCUUCUCUGUGACACUCUUGAAAGAGAAUAGCUGUGAAAUCAAGCUCAUAAUUCAACCUGAGUUAAAAUAAAGUUACAACACCAUAAGCAAAUCACUGCUACUGCAAAGUAAACUACAUCCCAACCUCUCUAGGAACCUACACAAUUCCAGCUCAAGAUGCAAAAGAUACAGGCCUUUCCAAGGGGCAGUCAAGGGUGGACUACAUUUUGGGUAUUUUGGAAGUUCUGUCUUUUAUAGAGGGAAGACUGAAAGAUUAAGUCUGUGUAGACUUAAUGUAACUUUUGUGGCUUAAUGGCCAGUAACAGGGUGCUUAAUCCAGCCUGAGUCACUUCCCUAUUCGGAAAUUAGAAACAGAAGAUCAAAUGACCAUGUGAUAGUAAGAUAAUUUUUGCAGGCCCAUGAGAAGAGAACUAAUUUGAUGAAGUAUGUUCACGGAACUACUUGCUAGCAUUCUCAUAGAAAGAGAAAAUGGUAGUGAGUUAGUUAUUCCCAUGAAUGUCAAUGAAAACUUUUGUAAAAUAACAGAACUUGAAGAAUGCUCUAUGUUAUUCUAAAUAAUGAUAAAAGGCAACAGAGGAGGAGACCAAUUAUUUAAAAAAGCAAUUUUUCAUCAGGUAGUGAAACAUGCCAGCCCUAUUAUAGUAUUGUGUACUAGACGAGAACUAGCCCAAGAACUCCCUUGCCUUACAGAGUAAGCAGCAUUGUUUUUAACUCUGAAUCCUCUCCAGGUGUUUUUGGCAGAGUGAAGAUGAGCGGUGAAGAGAUUGUUGUGUGUGCAGUACAACUUGGAGAAAAUUUCUGCCUCUAUUUUGCAGACGAUGAUGGGCUGGAAUGCGAUGCCUUUUGUAAGGAAAAAAUUCUCCACCGAGUCCUUCGAAAUGUAAAUAGCCAGUUGCUUGUGGUUCGACCAGAUUUAAACAUGGCAGCGUUUGAAGAUGUGACAGAUCAGGAGAUGAAAUCUGGCAGUGGAAUGCACUUCAACAUUCACUAUUACAAGACUACCACACCUUCAGCAGGGAUGCCUGUUGCAUUCAGUGUCCAGGUAGAAGAUAAAAGUUAUUACAUGUGUUGUGAGAAAGAAUGUGGAAAAAUGAUAGUUCGAUUUAGGGAAGGAGAAGUUCCCAAAGAAAUUCCUGGUGACAGUAACGUAAUCUUUUUCAAAAAGACUUUUACACCUUGUAGCUCCAGAGCAUUUAAGUUUGAAUACUCACUAGAACAGGGAAUGUUCUUGGCCUUUGAGGAAGAAGGACGCUUAAGAAAAUUAAUUCUAAAGAAACUGUCAAGGGAAGAUGAAGUGGAUGAAACCAUGAAGAUAAGUUUCUAACUUCAGCCAGAAUGAAAGUCACAAUCUGUGACAUACUUCAACAGUCUUAAAAUACAUUUUGGCUUUUUA